AUGUGUGGUGGAGGGGGAGACCUACAGGAGUCGGAGGGGGUUUAUAGGUUCGGUAACUUUUCAAAUGCAAUGCAUAUCUUCAUUAUCGCUCCUAGGGUCUACAGCAGCACGACAAGGGCGUGCAUUCCAGAAGUAGUGACUCGUUCGGCCAAUCAGGCGCCGCCGGGUCUCGACCAAUCUCGCCUAGCCUCAUCCCCACGUGUUCGUUCCAAGGAAGAGGUGACACCUUGUACACUUCUCUCUGGAGCUUUCUUGCAGUCCAUUCCCCUCUGCUCAAUCGAAGAGGAAGAAAGAGAACAUUGUGGGAUCUUGGGUAAAGCCACCACAUGGCCUGCCACGGCAGCCACUUGUGUCUAUUUAUUUCCUCCUGGUAAUUCCUAUCUGAUUUGCAGUGAUCGUGGUCCAAACGACAACAAACGCCUCUCCCUCUCUCACCGUGCGUGUAUGUCAUUACUGCGCGCCAUUCAGUGGGAAGUGGUUGACUCUCUGUCUAUCUCCAAAUCCUUUAUGCCAACGCAAAAGAUUGGUCGUUUGAUCUGGCCACGUACCAUCACCGCCACCAUCGCCACCGCCACCACUUGUGAUCGUCCCCUUCUACCCAUAAUUCAAUUGCCAAAAGGCGACAUUUGGCGAACGAACCAGAGUGUUGGUGUUGAUGUUGGUGCGCACUUUCAGUGGUGGCGCAAAUUGGUCAAAUUCAGCCAGCCAAAGUGUCCACUUGUGCUGCAGUUUCUGGACCCCAUCUAUAUGGUGGUGCACAUCCAACUCACCUGGAUAUUACCACUAACACUGAAACAUUAUACAAAUCUUUUUAUUUACUAA